GUAUUACUCCGCAGCAACUCGAGCGCAGCACACCAGCUCACCCGACCCAGAGCCAUUCUGCCCUCGGCAAGGAAGAUGGAUCUGUAAAGCUGUGAGGUUCUUGAAUCAUCGAAAGAAACGGGCCUGAGUUCACAAUGACCAACGAGGAACCUCUACCUAAAAAGGUUCGCCUCAGUGAAUCUGACAUGAAGACUUUGACCAGAGAAGAGUUGUGUACAAGGUGGAAACAGCAUGAGACAUAUGUCCAGGUCCUGGAGGAAAAAUAUGCAGAGCUGUGUUCCAAUGAUGUUCCAGGACUGAAGGAAUCGGAGGAAAAACUUAAACAGCAGCAGCAGGAGUCUGCGCGCCGGGAGAACAUCUUGGUUAUGCGGCUUGCCACCAAGGAGCAGGAAAUGCAAGAGUGCACGACUCAGAUUCAAUACCUCAAGCAAGUCCAGCAGCCGAGCGUGGCCCAACUGCGGUCAUCCAUGGUGGACCCAGCCAUCAACUUGUUUUUCCUCAAAAUGAAGGCAGAACUGGAACAGACUAAAGACAAACUGGAGCAGGCCCAAAAUGAACUGAGUGCCUGGAAAUUUACACCUGAUAGCCAAACAGGGAAGAAACUGAUGGCGAAAUGUCGAAUGCUGAUUCAGGAAAACCAGGAGCUCGGACGGCAGCUGUCCCAGGGACGGAUCGCCCAGCUGGAAGCUGAGCUAGCCCUGCAGAAAAAGUACAGUGAAGAACUUAAGAGCAGUCAAGACGAGUUGAAUGACUUUAUUAUCCAGCUAGACGAGGAGGUAGAAGGGAUGCAGAGCACCAUCCUUGUCCUGCAGCAGCAGCUGAAAGAGUCCCGUCAGCAGCUCUCUCAGUCUCAGGGGGCCUCGGCUGGAGCAGGACCCAGCAGGACUUCACCCGCUGCUUCUAACUCAUCUGCUGAACCAUCCGCUCAGCCAGAGCAGGCCGUUACUCUCUCUGAACCAAUGGGCAAAGACUACAGCCGGGUCUCCAAUGGUCCAAGCAAUGGCAACUCAUCCCAGAGGAGUGAGACCACCACACCCAGCCUGUACAGAGAGGUCAGCAGCACCGAGGAAGAUUUUCCAAUGUCCCCAAUGGCCUCCAGUCCUGGUGAAGCUGAGACAAAACUCUCCAAUCACUCAGAAGAAGCACCAGGAAGUCAGACUACUUCUGGGAGGGUUGGAGGAUCUGCAGGUUUCAGGAGCCAAUUGAGUGCAGGGUAUGAGAGCGUGGACUCUCCAACAGGCAGCGAGACAUCACUGACUCAGCACUCGAACGAUACAGACUCCAUCACCGAUCCCCAUGAGGACAAGGCUGCCCUGGUGACCAAGGGCGGCAGGACUACACGGCACACUCAGAACGGCCUAGACUCCAGCACAAGUGAUGGUGCAGUUUUGUAAUAUACUUUGACAUGUUGUCUUUUCCUUUUUUUUCCUUUUUUAUAAAAUAUACAUACAAACAUGGCAACAAAGGCAUAGUGUGUAACACAGCACUGCUGUCCAAGAAGUUUUGUUUUCACUCGUCCCCUUGCCUAUUGUGAUGCCUUUGUCACAUUUGUGUUACUUAAUGGGGAUGUAACAGGAAAGGGUUAAUGUUAGAUUUGAAUUGUGUGGAUGUAUGAUUUAAACUAGUACCUUUCACUUCAAUGUUUUUGUUUUUGUUUUUUUAGCACAUCUGUGCAGUAUGUUGAGCUCAUGACACUUAAAUCAGACAACUGGUGUUGUAACUCAUUGUUACGUCACUAAAAUCACUGAAUUAUAGUUGCUUCACAAUAUUCAAGGUCAGUUUAUAGAUGUUGGCCUGUGGGAUUUUUUUAGUACAAAUUUUAUUUUUCACUGGCAAAAAGUCUGUUGAAAAGAUUCUGUUGAAAUGUUAGUAGUUCAUAUGCGACAUUCAUAUUAUUCUGACUUCAGCCCUUUUCAUGUACUGACCAAAUACCAAUAAAGAGUUUUAAUACUA